AAAUUAAAUAAUGUGUUUGGAUCUAUUAUGCGUACGCAUACACCUACUAGACUCUAAAUCAGAAGGGUUGUACCUACAGACUUACUCUCUUCCCACAACUUUCAGCUCUCAACUCUCUCUCUCUGUUUCUCUCUUGCUUUUGCUCUCGAUCUCUGUUUCUUUAUGCCCUUUGGUUAAGCUAAACUAUCAGCCAAAAAGUUUCUAUUUUGGAUCAGAGAGAGAACCUGUUGUUUUUAUUAGAAUUACCUCUGUUUUAUGCAUGGCAGCUGUAAUUGUCUGAUGUUUAUUUCAAAUCAGCCUAUGUGCAAAGCUUUCAAAUACCAAGUUUUGUUCUUUCAGUAUUUCGUUUCUGGUUUCUAACUUCUGAGGCUUUUCUGGGCUUUGUUUAUUAAUGCUCUCUGCUUUUCAAGUAUAAAUGAAUUUCUUUUGUUUGCGUGUUCACUCUGUCUACUCUGUUUUCCCUUCUUUUAUUCUACUUUAUUGAACCUAUAUAUAUUCAGCUAUAUAUUGUUUCCUUAUUUUUUGGUGAUUAUUCCCUUGUUUCACUGAAAACUUUCUUGAGUCCUAAGAAAUAUAGCCUUCCUAAUAUAGAGGCAGUGUUUAAGUUUAACCUGACUUUGCUGAGUAAAACCGACUUUGGUUUGGUUUCAAUCCCAUGUGUUAAAGCCAGCUGUUUUCUAUAAAUUCUAUCUCAAAUCAUAAACGCCAUAUAGUUUUUUACGACUAUAUUAGUAAAGGGAUUAUGGGGUUGUUGAAAGUUGUGGACUUUGCUGGUCUUUUAGUUGCCAUGUUGUUGUUAUUUACUGUGCUUUUGAUGGGUUCAGUGAGUGGAAUUGGUGUUAACUGGGGGACACAGGCAACGCACCCUUUGCCGCCUGCAAUUGUGGUGAAGAUGCUAAGGGACAAUGGGAUUCAACAGGUUAAGCUUUUCGAUGCUGAUUCCACAACUUUGAAUGCACUGAAAAAUUCAGGGAUUCAAGUCAUGGUGGGUAUUCCUAAUGACAUGCUUUAUACUUUGGCUAAUAGUGUUCAAGCAGCUGAGAAAUGGGUUGCUAAGAAUGUGUCAGCACAUAUCUCUUCCAAUGGUGUAGACAUCAGGUAUGUUGCAGUUGGGAAUGAACCAUUCUUGACAACGUAUAACGGAAGCUUUGAAGCGAUUACUCUCCCCGCUCUUCAAAAUAUCCAGUCAGCACUUACAAAAGCCGGUUUGAGCAGUCAGGUUAAAGUCACUGUCCCCCUAAAUGCUGAUGUAUACGAGAGUCCAAAUACUUUGCCUUCUUCUGGUAACUUCCGUGCAAACAUCCAGGCCCUCAUGGUGCAAAUUGUUCAGUUCUUGAAUGCUAAUGGAGCUCCUUUUACUGUCAACAUCUACCCCUUUAUCAGCCUUUAUGAUGACCCCAGUUUCCCCCCUGACUACGCCUUCUUUAAUGGCUAUUCAUCUCCCAUAAAUGAUAAUGGAAGAAUCUAUCAGGACAUGUUUAGCGCAAACUAUGAUACCCUUGUAUGGGCCUUACAGACUAAUGGCUAUGGAAACAUGUCCAUAAUUGUUGGAGAAAUUGGGUGGCCUACUGAUGGAGAUAUAAAUGCAAACUUACAGAAUGCUCAGAGGUUCAGCCAAGGUUUCAUGUCUCGCUAUCUGGCAGGGCAGGGGACCCCAAUGAGAUCUGGUCCCUUGGAUGCUUACUUAUUCAGCCUUAUAGAUGAAGAUGCCAAAAGUAUUCAGCCAGGUAAUUUUGAACGGCAUUGGGGGAUGUUUUACAUUGAUGGAACACCCAAAUACCAGCUAAGCAUUACAGCAAACUCGAACGGUUUGGUAGCAGCAAGUAAUGUACCAUAUCUGGCUCAACAAUGGUGUGUUAUGUCACCCUCAGCUAGUCUUGAUGAUCCACAAGUCGGACCAACUGUCAGCUAUGCUUGUGCAAAUGCUGAUUGCACUAGUCUUGGAUAUGGGACUUCAUGUGGAAGUUUGGAUGCUAGGGGGAAUAUCUCCUAUGCAUUUAACAGUUACUAUCAGAUACAAAAUCAGCUUGCAAGUGCUUGUCAGUUCUCAAACCUUUCAGUUGUCACAACUACAGACCCAUCAACUGGAGAUUGCAAAUUUAGGAUCAUGAUCAAUGUGCCUACAGCACUGCAGAGUACUAGUAGUAGUGUUGGAUCACUUAAACAACCUGUUGGUUUAUUGCUGUUUUUAUCUUUGUUAAUCCUUUCAAUUCUGUGAUUUUGCUGCUAAGGUACAUUACUUGCUUCAUAUUUUUGCUUGUAUAUGUAGACAAUAUAUCAAAUAUUAAACUUUCAUAACUUAAUGGUUAGGGAGGUGGAUUUUCACA